AUGCAUUCACAUCACAGUCAUAGUGGUGAUUAUGUUGCACAUGCGCAAGAUACAUUAGAAUCAAUAACUCAAAGAGCAAUAGAUAUGGGUUUUGAAACGUUUUGUUUAACUGAACAUAUGCCUAGAUUAGACAAUAAAUUUUUAUAUCCAGAGGAAGAAGAACAAAACUUUAGUAUUUCAACGUUAGAAGAUAAAUUUUUGAAUUUUCAUAAACAUGCUAUCGAACUACAACAAGAUAAGAUACAACAAGGCUCAAAGACAAAAUUUUUAGUUGGAUUAGAAGUUGAAGGUAUAAAUGAAGCACAUAUUGAUUAUACGGUUGAAAUCUUGAGUAAACAUCAUUUUGAUAUGACUGUUGGCUCUGUUCAUUUUGUGAAAGAAUUCCCAAUUGAUUAUGGUAGACCCAAAUGGGAAUCUGCUAGAGAUGCAAGUGGUGGAUUACGUGGAUUAUUCAAAGAAUAUUAUGCAUUACAAUCAAAAGUAUUAACAAAAUUGAAACCUUUAAUUGUUGGACAUUUUGAUUUAAUUAGAUUAUUCUCUCACGAAGAUGAUUUAGAUGAAACUACUGGUAAGUUUUUGAAAGAUAUUGUUAUUGAAAAUGAUUGGCCAGAAGUUUGGGAACAAAUAGUGGAAAACUUGAAAUUUAUCAAGUCAUAUGGUGGUAUUUUGGAAUUGAAUAGUGCUGCUAUAAGGAAGGGAUGGAGUACACCAUAUCCAAGAACUGAUAUUACCAAUGCUGCCGUCAAAUAUGGUGGUGGUCGUUUUGCCCUAAGUGAUGAUUCACAUUCAAUUGCACAAGUUGGGUUAAAUUUCCAUAAAGUCAAAGAUUAUAUUGUUAACGAUAUCAAAGUUGAUAGUAUUUUUUAUCUGGAUUUAGAAGAUGGUAAGACUGUUAUUAAAGAGAAGUCUAUCAAAGAAUUCACAGAGAGUAGUUUUUGGGAACAGUAUAAAUGA